AAUAUAUACACUUUUUUUUUUUCCCUCCUCGUCGGUCGAGAACUUGUUGGUUCUCAUCUCACGUACCGUUUACGGCUGCAUCAUUCACCUUUUUCAUUGAUGGCUUUCGGGCGCUGUGUAUCCACCAGAGGAAUCCUCACUGCUAGGCGGGUCCACCCUUCUUGCUGCCACAUACAUCACCAUAAUCGUGACGACGAUAGUGUCCGCUCUUCACCAUGUUUAGGUCCAUCUCGAUCCAUUGUCACCAACUUGUUGACGCGAUGCGCUUCCUAUAGCACGAGCAGGAGGACGGGUCCGCAGUUUAGGGACAGAUCCCUUCUCCUAUCUGCUUCUUUUCUGGGGCUGGGCUCCUCCUUCUGUAGGUCUAUGUCUAGUGCAAGCGGAGAAAGCUCUGAUGAUGGCAUUCUUGCGGAGGUUAUCACUGAGAGGACUGCAGAUGUGGCUUCUCAAGUUCCUGCCAUGAGUGAAGUGGCAGUUGCUGCUGCUGAUUCAGCUUACCCUGUUGCUGCCCUGCAGCACCUGAUUGAUGGUGUGCAUUCCUUUACUGGCUUGAAUUGGUGGGCAUCAAUAGCCAUGACAACUAUACUUAUUCGAGGGGCGACAGUCCCACUUCUUAUAAAUCAACUCAAGUCCACUUCAAAACUUAGUAUGAUGAGGCCCCACUUGGAGGAACUAAAUCAGAAAUUUAAAGAAUCGGCAAUGGAUCCUGAUGCUGUGGCCAAACACAAGCAAAGGGUUAUGGCAUUGUUCAAAGACUUUGGUGUGUCUCCACUUACUCCAUUGAAAGGACUGUUUAUUCAAAGUCCCAUCUUCAUCAGCUUUUUUUUGGCUAUCAACAACAUGGCCGAAAAAGUUCCUUCUUUCCAAACUGGUGGAACUCUCUGGUUCAUUGAUCUGACAACUCCAGAUAGCUUUUAUAUCCUACCCAUUCUGACCUCCCUUACUUUCUGGAUUACUGUGGAGUGCAAUAUGCAAGAGGGGAUGGAGGGAAAUCCGAUUGCUGGAACCAUGAAAAGAUUUUCCAGGAUCUUUGCUGUUCUUGCACUCCCUGUUAUGAUGAGUUUCCCCAAGGCAAUAUUUGGUUAUUGGCUCACCUCGAACGUAUUCUCACUUGCUUAUGGAUUAGUAAUCAAAAGACCAGCAAUUAAGAAGAUACUGAACAUUCCUGAUGUUACAGUUCCAGCUUCUCCUGCAGCCCAUGGAGAAAUCUCUUUGUUCGCAGCAUCUAUACGGGAUGAAGCAUCUGAAGUAAAGCCCUCAAUAAGCGCUGAAUCGUCAAAGUUUGUCAGAAAAAUAUCAGCUGCUUCUGUUCUCAGACAGAGAAUAAGAAGUUUGGAGAAACAGGUUAAGGCAAGAAAGAAGAACAGGAAAAGUUUGAGAUGAGGACUUUAAAUGGUGG